AAAAUAAGUAAUCCAAGAUGAGGUCUAGAAGUUCGAAAAAUGGCAACCGUCAGACAAAACUAUACCUGAACGCACGGAAAAGAGAAGAUAGGUCGUUAAAGUCUACAUUGCCACUUAUCUCAGAGUCUUUCAUCAAAACUCAUAUUCUGGGCAACAACUCCUCCCUAAGGGAACAAGAGUACAAAGAGAAACUAGAUCUCCAAAGACCAAAGUUGUCUUUUCUAAAAUAAGACAGUAAAGAACCAGAAGAAACUGAUCGACCUCCUUCAGAAGCAGAAUAGCUCUUUAAAGCAAGAGAAUCAGAAGCUUAAACUUCAGGUGAAACAAGCGAAGCAGAAAGUUGAAAAUUUACCUAAGAAGCCACCAACUAAGGAUGAAGAGAGCGAAAGUAAAGAGCCUGAGGCUAAAGUUAACCUUCUGAAAAACUCCUUCCCAAGUAUACAGUCUGAAAGUGCAGAUGAGUUCUGUAGUACUCCUACUAAUAAGAAAAGUUCUGACAAGACCAUCCAGCUCAAAUAAGAGAGAUAAACACAAAAGCCAUUUUAAGAUUUUUAAGCCAAGAGAAACCACAGAUAAGAAGGGUCUCGAUAGGUUUAUGAGCAAGAAAAUGACAGAAAAAAUCAACUUUGAUGUGGAAAAUCGGGAAAGCCUUGACAGCGUACUGGAUGUGAAGAAGAAUUCUAAUCUUAAUAAGAGAUUUUCGAUCCGUCCGAAUACAGAAUCAAGGUUUAAGAAUGCCUUUGCUCAUGAUUUUGGAAAACCAAAUUCAGCCCUUCCCAGGGAGAUGGCUAACAAAGAGAAAAAGAUGAGCCUCUUCAUACAAAAGUGCUCUGAAUCCGUCACGUCGGUUAGAGCUAUCCUGGAGAUUAUUGUAGAGUUAACAAAAUGUAAAAGUCAGGAGAACUUUCUAAAAAUUCUCACUAUUGAAGCUCCAAAGGUGAUCAACUGUGAUCACAUAUUCUAUGCCUUUACAAAUACGGGUGUUGUAGUUGAUCCAGAUGCUUCUGUUUCCGAGAAUGGGAGUGCAGUUUCAACACAAGCACAGUUCAGAAUCCCGAGACACAACCAAGAGCCAGUGUCAUUUCCGAUAUCUGAGGCUAAGGUUUUUAAGAAUGCUAGCGAAAGAAAUGAGAUCAUAAUGAUCAACCGCAGGAACGAUCCACAUCUGAAGAUCAAGCCUGUUGAAGAUAUGAUUGGCGAAGAAAUCCGGAAUGUUAUAGUCAGUCCGAUUGAAGGUAACACAAAUGGAGUUUUGAUCUCUGUAAAUAAGUGAGGCCGAAACUCAUUUGACCAAAAUGACCUAGCCUUACAGAAGUACUUGUCUGCAACCUCAGGAAAUUUGCUGGAAAAGUUGAGAGAUCAAGAGAAUAGAGUCGCAUCAGAAAAUUCACUCAGAUUAAUCAUUAACCUAACCAAAGAUCUUUCUAAAUUCCAUGAUUUGGGAGAACUUGUACUUGAAUUGACCAAGAGGUCUCAAGAAUUGUUCAAAGUAGACACUGCAAAGAUUCUUUUAUGUGAUGAAAACUCUUCAGAUUUAAUUGAAUUUCAACAGACAGAAGAAGGAAUAACUCAGAGAAAGCUGAACUCAAGUGGUAGCCUAGCUAAGGAGGUAAUACGAUCCAGGUUUCAUAAAUGUUUGAUCAAAAGAACAGCAGGCUGUUCUUAUAAUGAAACUGUAGAUAUCGUUACUGGGCUUCCCAUAAUAUGCUUACCCAUCCUAAAUCCAUUUGUUGAUGUUCAUUCUGAGUAUCUGAAUACCAAACUUCUAGAAGGAGUUCCUGAGAGAAUGGUGUUUGGAGUGCUGCAAAUUAUCAACCCAAGGGCUAUCAUGAUGGAAUAUAAUCUUAUCAUUAAAGGUGUAGAAUUUGAAAUUCUCACACAAUUUUUGAAACAUGCUAGUUAUGUACUGGCAUCAACCCUUUCAAAAUAAUUUCAAUUUAA